CCAGUGUUGUCAACAAUUAACAUUUUAUUAGAAAAAUAUCAAGCAGCUUUAUAAUUAUUUCACAAACUGAUUUCUCCUAACAGCUUGAAAAUAGUUCACGUUAAUUCAAGCUGUCUCAAGUGAGUAGUCCCAACCAUCAUCGGUGAUUGGCUGAUAGCCCCAGAAUCAGAAUGAUGACGUCAAAGCCAACGUAACUCUUCAAAGCGAUGUGCUUGUCGCCUAGCAACUGAUUGAUCUUUCCACUAAGUGAUCUGGUGAAAGGAGGCGUGUUGUGAUUAGUUUAAUUACGAUACAACAAUAUGAGCGGAGAUGAUCUGAUGAUGAUUUUUAUUAAAAGUGUUCAGGUUUUUAUUCGACUACUACUCCGUGGUGGCGUCGAGUUACGCAUGGCGACGUGAAUCCCCCUGACUCCCACCGCUGCUGCGUAAACAGCGUAAAAAAAAAAAAAAAGCCCAGACUCGUCAUAUUUGCUCCCAGUGAUGCACGAUCCCGUGGUUUUCUCCCUACGAGCCAUGUCUUCUUCUUCUCCUUCUUCCCUCCACCAUCCCUCCUGCUUUGACGCAUGAACCCACGGCUCCAUCGACUCUUCCCAUCUGAACGGGGCAGCUCGCUCGCUCUCUCGCUCCGCCGUCGGUCCGGUGUUUGUCCGGCCCUUCCACCGCAGCCCCGAGCCGCAGCCGCCCGGCAGCUGAGCCCUUUGCUCCUGAACACGGCUCCUGCCAUGACUUCCUCUUCCACCUCCUCCUGCGAUUCAGCCGAAAUUCGCUAAAUGGGAUUUGUGGCCGGUCCGAGGUUUCCACAGCAACUGGCCCCCCGCUUCCAUUCCGCUCCGUCUCAUGCGCGCAGCCACACCGAUCUAACCCGGUUCCUCGCUGCGCGUCUCCGGUGUUUGGGCUGAAUCUCAGGACGCGUCAAAGGUCUGCACAUGGGGGCGGGCAAGAGCAAGCCCAAGGAGCCAGGCCAGCGCUCCAUGAGCCUGGAUGGCACCAUCGGCACAGGCUCAGACAGCGGACGUUUCCACCACCUGGGCCCCUCCCAGCAGACACAAACCCCCAACAGGAGCCCUGCGGUCGGAACGGGCAGGAGGGGGCAUCAAGGGCAGCACCAGCACGCACCAACAAACACUCCUGAGCUGGCUCUUUUCGGAGGGGUGGACCACACAGGUACCAUCACCUCGCCUCAGAGGGGACCUCUGUCAGGAGGUGUCACUACAUUUGUGGCGUUGUAUGACUAUGAGUCACGGACAGCGUCUGAUCUGACUUUUAGGAAAGGCGACAGGCUGCAGAUUGUCAACAACACGAAAAAGUACAGCUUCAGAGAAGGGGACUGGUGGCUCGCUCGCUCCCUAACGACAGGCGAGAGCGGUUAUAUCCCCAGCAACUACGUGGCUCCAUCCGACUCCAUCCAAGCAGAAGAGUGGUAUUUUGGGAAGAUCACUCGUCGUGAUUCCGAGCGACUCCUUCUGAACCUGCAGAACAGAAGAGGAACCUUCCUGGUGCGGGAGAGCGAGACCACGAAAGGGGCAUAUUGCCUGUCAGUGCUGGAUUAUGAUAACACCAAAGGCCUGAAUGUUAAACAUUACAAGAUCAGGAAGCUGGAUAGCGGCGGUUUCUACAUCACGUCCCGCACCCAGUUCACCAGCCUACAGCAGCUAGUCUUCCACUACCGCAAGCACUCUGAUGGGCUGUGCCACGCUCUCUCAGACGUGUGUCCAGUGGCCAAACCUCAGACCCAGGGACUGGCCAGGGACGCCUGGGAGAUCCCCCGCGAGUCGCUCCGCCUCGACCUUAAACUGGGACAGGGCUGCUUUGGAGAAGUCUGGAUGGGUACGUGGAACGGUACGACGCGAGUAGCCAUCAAGACCCUGAAGCCCGGCACCAUGUCUCCGGAGGCCUUUCUUCAGGAAGCACAGGUCAUGAAGAAGCUGCGGCACGAGAAGUUGGUCCAACUGUACGCUGUGGUGUCUGAGGAGCCCAUCUACAUUGUGACAGAGUACAUGAGCCAAGGGAGCUUAUUGGACUUCCUUAAAGGGGAAGCAGGGAAGAUGCUCCGUCUGCCUCAGCUGGUAGACAUGUCCGCUCAGAUUGCUGCGGGCAUGGCGUACGUGGAGAGGAUGAACUAUGUCCAUAGAGAUUUGCGCGCCGCCAACAUCCUGGUGGGAGACAACCUGGUGUGUAAAGUGGCCGACUUCGGUCUGGCAAGACUCAUCGAGGACAAUGAGUACACCGCAAGACAGGGUGCCAAGUUCCCAAUCAAAUGGACGGCACCAGAGGCAGCUCUGUACGGUCGCUUCACCAUCAAGUCAGACGUCUGGUCCUUUGGUGUGCUGCUCACAGAGCUGGCAACUAAAGGCAGAGUCCCCUAUCCAGGAAUGGUGAACCGCGAGGUGCUGGACCAGGUGGAGCGCGGCUACAGGAUGCCCUGCCCGGCAGAGUGUCCCAGCUCCUUACACGAGCUCAUGCUCUCCUGCUGGAGGAAGGACCCGGAGGAGAGGCCUACGUUCGAGUACCUGCAGGGCUUCCUAGAGGACUACUUCACCUCCACAGAACCCCAGUAUCAGCCUGGGGAGAACCUAUAGAACCACACACUGAACCGAAUCCUAGGGGGGGGGGGGAAAUCUCCACACCGAACGAUCUGCACUAACCGACCUCAGAGAAAAGCCUGUGAGAGGAUCCGAGACUGUGAAACUCAUCUGGGAGGAACUUGAGAUUCUUCUGUGGAAGCAACCAAGAGAAGCACUGACAGAACAUCCCCCCCGUGCUGCUGCAGAAGAACCUAGAGAACCUCCUUCCUGAAAGCACUCACUGUUUACUUUAGGUUCUCCUGUAGCUGUAAGAGGAGCACUCCUGCUGGACAAAGCUGCGGCUCUGAUUCGAUUGAGGGACUACACUUGCGGUUACGUGUUUUUUUGUUUUUUUUUGAUGGUGCCACUGAUGUGGGAGGAACCGAAUCAGGACAGAGCUAGAGGGGGAAAGGAAGAAGCCCCCUGCUGAAGAGAGAAGGCCAUGGGAGGAUAUUUCUGCCGAGCAUGAGCUGGUCAACUACACCUCCCUCUUUCGCUCUUCUGUCUUCUUACCCUCGUCUGGUCCCGUCUCCCCCCACAGAAGAGCACUGCCACUGAGGCUCAGGUGCCAAAGGAAAGUCAGUCUCUCUUAUCUCCUUUCUGCCUCUUUCUAUUUCUGUCUGACUUUCAGUAUCUCUCUCCAGUUUUCUCAAGUGCUGCUUCUUCAAAGUGUCUCCAAAUAACUCAGCUCUGGAACUCUUCUUUGCAUCUUUAUUUAUGUUUACUUGGAUAAUUAACGUCCUGGUUUCACGUGUUGGUCAGUAGCAGAUUAAAGUUCCUGUUUUCUCUUUAUUUUCCUCUGAUUAUGAAUAGAGGAGUUUGUUAGAGCCACUAUCACGGUAGUUCCAGGAUACAUGUACUCUACAGGCAGGUUCUGUUACGCUGAAAAUUGGUUUAAAUUUCAAUAAAACUUUGGGUCUUUAUCUCUCGUUCACUCCAUGUUUUUCUUUGACGCGUGCUGAACAGGUGUUGUUGCCUGCUGGAUCCAAACCACGGUGAUUAAAAUCGACUUUUGAUGCAGGUAGCAUUUGAAUGCAUGUCGUUCGUUGAUUUUGAUUUAACUGGAACCUUUCUUCGGAAAUAAUCGGCACUGUUGUGUUGGCGGUGCAGAGCGGUUUUUAACGGAUACCAGCUCAUUUCCUCGGAGGCGUAAAUCGGGCGUCAAACAUUCAUGUGACCCACUAAGAUGCUGACAUCGCCACCAAACCGAUCCUAUUAUUAGACUUGGCUCAAGACGGGAAAACCCUGAGAGUAAAAGCCUGCUGUGUUCUGUGCCAAACGAAUCAUUUCUUUACUGCUGUCUGUGUAUAUACUGGUUUACAAUCAACAGGCUUUGGGUUUUUAAACUUUGCUCCAUUUCCCCAGGAAACGUUGUGUUAGUGAGCGAACAGGACGGAUCAACCUGUUACUGUUCACUGUAAGGUUUUUAGUUCACUUCCCAGUGUUACAUCCAAGGAAAUAUGCAACCAGGCGGCCCCCAAUGAAACUGUAAAACUUUAAUCAGGUAACCCUAAUAAAAACUGUGUUUAUGACUUGCUAUGAGAGUUGAUUUUGAAACCAGUUAGCAUGCUUUUGUGCUGUUUUUUCUCUUGACCACUGGCUGGGUUUGUAUUUAUGCUGUAAUGUACAUCAACAUGUGUAUGUUUCCUUUAUCUCAAGGUUCAGGUGAGGUGAGCAGAUCAUAUAAACAGACUUAGGAACAUUUUUGCCAUCAACUUCCAAUUUAAUUUUUAUUGAUAUCCACUGCUGCCAGUUCUCACUCAUACUGUACAUACUGUAGCUCUUUAAGGUUGAUUUUUCAUGUAAGCCACUUUCAAAUGGCAGACAUUUACGUUGAGUGUCACACAUUUCAUGGUGGUUUGGUUUUAUGACGUAGUUGAUACAGUAACAGUAGAUUUGAUUAUAGAGUAUUACCAACAAAUACUAUUAAAACACAUGAGUCAUGCAGCAAUAAGAGAGAGGAUGGCCCACGUCCAAAAAACCCUGAAGCGAUGAAAGAUGACGGACAUUAAUCAGUAACGUGUUUGACUCUGAAACCACAAUGAAAAAGUGAGUUUGGGCUGUUUUACAAAAUGAAAAAUGAAGUCAAAGAUGUAAAUAGUAUCUUAAAUGACUGUGACGAUCAUGUUAUUUGUUUUUGUACAGUUUUUCUUUAAUUGCACCUCCACGCUGAUGUUUUUUUACAGCGACGCACGCCUGCUCCCAAAAUGUUUUCAUAAGAAGACGCGAUUUUAAAUGAGGCUUAUGGAAUGUUUGAAUUUUUUUUCAAAUAUUGGACUUAAUAGAAAAUCAUAUUCUGUUUAAAAUCUCUAUAUCUGCAAAAAGACAAUUUAAAAUUGGGCUUGACUCACAUGUUUCUAAUAAUCUAAUGAUAAGUGCUUUCCUCUUUUGAAUUGGGAACCCCCCUCUUUAUUCCAAUGCACUGAACCGCCUGUAAGUCACUGGGACAAUGUGGAAGUGGACGGACUCAUGACAAAUAUGAGUAGCCAAGGUUUGAUUGUGCCAUAUUUAAAUGUCUCGGCCUUUUCUUUUUGGUUGUUUUUUUAUAAAUCUAUGCAGUUUGGUCUGAUCUUGCAAUUUUAUGGCCAUUUUGUUCUUAAGUCAAAAACAAUGAUAGUAAACAGAAGGUGAGCAUUUUGUAAGAACUUUUGUCUUUUUUUUCUGAUGUAACGGGAUUGAAAUGGGUAUCGUGCCACUUUAUGUUGAUCUUAUGUUGUGCAAUAAAUUAUAUUUCAAAUGUG